GAGCGCCUAUGAGGAUCCAUGCCUCAGCUGAGCUCUGGAGAUGUGUGGAGCUGCUUGGAGCGGAGCAGGAGUCAUGGGAGAGGAAAACAGGAUGGAGAAGCGGAGGGGAGAGAGAUGUUGGACGAAAUGAUCAGCCGAGAGGCGGAGGAGGAGACUGAGAGAAUGCAGAGAUGGAUGAGCAGACUGCACUGGAGAAACUGGCCAAAAUGGAGUCAAUGUUUGUUUCCAUUAGCAGUCGCGUGGUUGGUUCUGCUGGAGGAAUCUCCUCUGCACCCCUCUAUCAGUUUGACUGAUGCCAGGGCUCGACUGCUCCUCGCUGGCCUGCUGUGUGGAGCGAUAUGUCUUUGUUUUUUAGCUCCAAAGUUCUUCCUUUGUUAUAAAGUGAAACUAAAGCAGGUGCCCCUGCAGAACGCUGAUGUUGAAGUGAGAAAGGUUGCUGGAAACCAGCAAACAAGUGUACCAGCACAGCAGGAUGCAGGUCAUCUCGCAGCCAAGGUUAAUGUUCUGGCAGAUGGCUUAGUGGUUUCUAUCCUUCAUGAGCCCCUGCCAGACUCCAGCGAGCCUCACAUACGAGACCUCCUCAACAGACUGGAGGCUGUGUCCCGGGCUCUCCAGAAAGGGGCCAGCACUGGGGAGGAAAAUGAGAAAUGUGCACUACAAGAUAGAGUUAACCAUAUAAUCUCUUACCUGCAGGACAGGGUGAGGUGUCUGCGCUCUCUACUGCAGGUCCAGCGUGAGAGUGAGGUGAGCGUAUGUGAAGUUCAGUCUGGUCUACAGAAGCGCUGGGCUCUUCUGGAAAAACUACACACCAGAGUGACCCUGAGACCUGACAGUAAACCGGAAGUGAACGAGCCAAACGCCGUCCUCACGGACACUGAGAACUUAUUGACUGAGAUUGGCCAAUUCAAAAGUAAAGUUCAGCAGUGCCGGACGAAGUUGGAAACUAGUAUACAGCUAUUACAGGCACUUCGCAGUAGUCAUCAGGGUCUGUCUGAGACUGUAAACACUUCAGUUGACUCCACAUGGACCAAACCAUUAUUACAGUCUGACACAGAUCUGUUUUCAGAGAUCCAUGAGGAUUUUACAUCUUUGGAACAGCAGACGUCCAAUUUUGUGAUCCACUUGAGGGGACUGAAUGCUCCUGAAGUCAAGACCUGUUUGUCUCUUUUUUCACAAGCCUCUCCUCGAUUAUCUCUCCCUGCUGUCCCAGUGUACAUCGCUGCUUCAGAUCCAUUACCAUCAGCACAUUCUGACUCAGAAGAUGAUUCUGAAGUCCCGCAGAAAUCUCACUCCAAACUGUCUCCCUUCCAACUGCUCUGUGGGGUGAGGAGAAGGAGGUCAUCGCCGUGAUUUUGAUAGGAGGUCAUCGUCAGAGUUUUAAACAUAAGAAUCUACAAUGUGUGUUUGGUUUUUCUGUUUUAUUUCUAUAGCGUAACUGUAGAUACGCAAGUAAAAAAUAAAUACUACAAAACAGAAAUAUUUUAAAGUAUAUAGGACAUAUGACUUUAUAUACAUAUAUAUAGUAAUUCAGAAUUUCCCUAAGAUAUAAGGGUUACUAACUGUGAAAAUAAUUGUUUGUUGAACAGUUAUACAAAUGUAUUUUUUUAUAAAACAUAUACAAAAGAAAUAUUUUAACGGCCUGUUGAGCAGGUGUAGUGAAUCAUAUAUGCACUGAAUGUAUACAAUAUUAAAUUAUAUUCUAUAUGUUAACUUGUGACAUUGUACUUAUGUGUAAAUAAAACCAUUAUUUUUCA